AUGCGCGACUGGGUGCGGCGGAACUUUGUGGAUCGAUCUGAACUACUUCAGAUGGUGUCAGAAGCAGCCAAGGAUGAGCCUUUCAAAAUGGCCUUCUUGGUCCGGGGGUCCUACGCGCCUCUGAGCGUCAAAAACUACGGCCUGGGGGUACUGGAUAUCGGUUACCUCCCGAUCAUGGUGACAAGCUGCAUCUUCUCACCUUUCUAUGCCAUACAGAACAUCUACAUGGGCAGCGCCUGCAAGAGCUUGCAGGAGGUUUUCGCACCUACGCAGUCCACGGAUACCGCCCCCACCUUGACGGGAGCCCUUAAAGGGGCGCUGCCUGUCAUCUUUAACCUCUUCCUUGUGCUCUUCAUGGUCCGCGCCCUUAAAGCGCAGCUCAAGAAGUCUCGAAAUGCCAUGGAGGCGAAGCUGAAGAGCAAGUGA